UCCCAGAUCAUAAUUCCCUGCUGAGAUUUGAGAGUUUGGAAAAUUCUUGCAGCUUUGUAACAUCAGAGGUAUAAUCAGCUGAAAACUCAUCUUUUUGAAGAGUUCUGCAUCUCGCCAGUUGCCUCUUGUAACUGUGUGCCAAAGAAGGACUCCAUGAAAGAUGACAGAAGAAGUUAUUGUUAUAGCCAAGUGGGACUACACUGCCCAGCAGGACCAGGAGCUGGACAUCAAGAAGCAUGAGCGCCUGUGGCUGCUGGAUGACUCCAAGACGUGGUGGCGGGUGAGGAAUGCGGCCAACAGGACGGGCUAUGUGCCAUCCAACUACGUGGAGCGGAAGAACAGCCUGAAGAAGGGCUCCCUCGUGAAGAACCUGAAGGACACACUGGGCCUCGGCAAGACGCGCCGGAAGACGAGCGCGCGGGACGCGUCCCCGACGCCCAGCACGGACGCCGAGUACCCCGCCAAUGGCAGCGGCGCCGACCGCAUCUAUGACCUCAACAUCCCGGCCUUCGUCAAGUUCGCCUACGUGGCCGAGAGGGAGGACGAGCUGUCGCUGGUGAAGGGCUCGCGCGUCACCGUCAUGGAGAAGUGCAGCGACGGCUGGUGGCGGGGCAGCUACAACGGCCAGAUCGGCUGGUUCCCCUCCAACUACGUGCUGGAGGAGGCGGACGAGGCGGCCGCCGAGUCCCCGAGCUUCCUGAGCCUCCGGAAGGGCGCGGUGCUGAGCAAUGGGCAGGGCGCGCGGGUGCUGCACGUGGUGCAGACGCUGUACCCUUUCAGCUCCGUCACCGAGGAGGAGCUCAACUUCGAGAAGGGGGAGACCAUGGAGGUGAUCGAGAAGCCUGAGAACGAUCCAGAGUGGUGGAAAUGCAAAAACGCCCGGGGCCAGGUGGGCCUUGUCCCCAAAAACUACGUGGUGGUGCUCAGUGACGGGCCAGCCCUGUACCCCGCCCACACCCCGCAGAUAAGCUACACGGGGCCCUCGGCCAGCGGGCGCUUCGCAGGCAGAGAGUGGUACUACGGCAACGUGACACGCCACCAGGCCGAGUGCGCCCUCAACGAGCGGGGCGUCGAGGGCGACUUCCUCAUUAGGGACAGCGAGUCCUCGCCCAGUGACUUCUCCGUAUCUCUUAAAGCAUCAGGGAAGAACAAGCAUUUCAAGGUGCAGCUCGUGGACAAUGUCUACUGCAUUGGGCAGCGGCGAUUCCACACCAUGGACGAGCUGGUGGAACACUACAAAAAGGCGCCCAUCUUCACCAGUGAGCACGGGGAGAAGCUCUACCUCGUCAGAGCCCUGCAGUGAUGGCGGCCCACAGGCCCUGUGCCCAGCCAGCUCCAGGCCCUCAGUGCCACACUCACCCCCAGGGCCAGUGGUCAGCCAGUUUUCCUGCUCUGCGGAGGGUCCGUCUGCUGGUGGUUCGCCUUGACCGGCUUCCUCUGGCUUCCUUUGCCUUGUCUGUCUUUCUGUUCAGCUCACUCUGUCGCUUUGUUUCCCGUUUGCCAUCCCAGGCCUCACACCCACGCUUGAGCCCACCGCCCCCACCCUCCAGCCUGGGAGGUAGAAAGGGGCGAGCUUGUUCACUAUAUUUCUUUUCCGUUGGAAACGGCGAGAGUGUCUUUAGAUUGCUCAUGCCAACAGAAUCCUCAUUAGAAAGACAUUGAGCACAGCCUGAAUGCACUGGAGCCCUGGGCUCCUCUGCCUGCCAGGCAGCAGAUGCAGUAUCCCUGGUCCCAGCGGCCCUUGUUCCUUGUCCUGUGCCAUGAUGUGGCUCCCAGACUCUGCAGGGAGCGAGCGCCCAUGCUGAUAGCAAUACUGGAACCACCAGAGAGACAGCAGUGAGCAAACUGUCUAGUGCCUUGGGGCUGUGCUUGCAAUAAAGAGAGAAUUCCCUUGAAAGUCAGUCUGCAGAAGAGGGAACCAUGACUCAGAAGGACAGACGUUUUGGUAAUUUACCCCACAUGUGCCAUCCACAUAGUGCUUUUUCCUCUUGCCCUUCGGCUUGUUUGAAUUUCACAAUUAUGUAUUUAAUUCUCAAAGUAAUAUGUAUCUGUAGCCGUUUGUUGACACUAAUGCAGAUGAUUAAGGAAAAGAGCUGAUCUAUGGGGAAGGGGGGCUGCCAACACUUUAUACACACACACACACACA